AUGUCUGAUGCAAAGGUAAAUCUGCCCGUUCGGACGCUGAGCCAACAACCAGAGACCGACCACGCAGACUUGAACCUGUCUAUAAAUACCGAUCCUUACAGACUCUAUCCAGAUCUCGUGGAGACAUACACUACAGCGUUCUACGACCAUCUGGACAACAUCGCACCCACCUCAGACCACGCUUCCUUCCUCCCAACUCGCGAAGAGUUUCUCCCGCGGGCGCAACUCACCACACUGCAAGCUAUCAAGCAGAGAAUCUUGGUCUUCGCCGUCGUAGCCGCCGGCUCAAACAUGGUCGCACGCGGACUAGUGACGCCAAAACCGGCAUCUGAACCAGAGGUAUACUUCACCAAAAGUAUCGAGAAAGCCAUGAGGGCCAGGCAGGCCGCGGAUGAGCGUGCAGCGGCGGUUGAGGCUAGGCGGCACUCCAAGGCGUUCCGGCGGGUUUUGGAGGAGGCAUUGAGCAAGACGAAGUAUCCAUUCGACGAGAUCACUGUGCAAUCGCGGCUUGUGCUGAGACUGAUGGACGAGGAACGUUCAGAUGGAUCUGGCACUGACGAGGGUGGGUAA